AUGGGCGACCCGGCCCCUGGUCGAGGUGGAAUGCCACCGCCGAAUGCCAAUCCGCAGGCACAAGUUGGUGCUCCAGGUGGCGGCCCUCCCAUGGGACCUCCCGACCCUGCCAACGCAUCCUUCCCAGGCGGAGUUCCAACGAAGAAUCUAGACCUUCCCCUUACCGUUAUGUUCAUGCUUAUGUUUAUGCUUGGGGCAUACGUCCAUAUAAGCAUCUACAGGAGGAACGCAAAACGAGGCCACAAGUUCCUGAUAUCGGAUAUCAUCUUUGAUUUCUGUGUCGUUCUCGUGGCUCUGAUCACGGAAAAUGGCGGUGCCGCAUUGCUGUUCGCCGUCAACAUCUUCUUUGCUCAACGUCUCGUCCGCUCCAUCCAUCCGAGGUCAGGAUGGUGUACAGCCUUUGGACAGUUUGUGGUCUUCUUGCUUCUCUCGGUCCCGGCGUUGAUCAUAUUCAAUGCCAGCAACUUGAUCAUCAGCUUCUUCUCUGUGGGCAAUAUCGACCGCCUCGAGACGACGGACGAUCUCCUCAAGUUUGGCGCAGCGUACAACAUGUUCCUGGCCGCCUUCCCUGUGAUCGUGGUCACAGGUUGCCUUUGCAUUCCUGGGCCAGAGCCCGAGAAGUUCGGCACUGGAUCACUGCGCGUGAAGGUGGCUUUGCUGUUCUUCGGCUCGUUUUUGCUGAUGACUGGUCAUGCUAUUCGUCUUUACGCCAUUGUCAACAAAGAGCCGCCUGGUACUAACAGCGUCAUCUUCGGCAAAGCGGUAUUCUACACCACGGGCUUCAUGUUUGAGCUCCUCGUCGUGGCAGCAUACGCAUUCGGCAGAGUCGAUCUACGCUUCCACGUGCCGAACGGGUCGAGCGGGCCAGGAGACUACUCUGGCGACAAGGACAGAGGCAACUACUCUGUCGAGGAGAUUGAACAUCUCAUUGACAACCUUGAGGUGCCGCACCAGAUCAUGCGAGAGAGACAGGGACCAGAAGACAUGGAGAUGGUUUUUGCCAUCUUCUUCGCAACCAAAAAGGAUAGGGAAAAGAAGGAUGAGGCUUCCGACGAUGCGACAGUGGUCGAGAGCACCGCCGACAGCGGUGGGCGGGUGGGAGAAACGCCACUUCCUCAAAGACCGGAGAGGAUCACCAGGCGGCAGACGCUCAUCGACGCCAUGAGACCCCCACCCCCACGCCCGCAGAGAGAACCCACCAUGUAUCCCGACAUUGCGGACUUUUACGUUCAGAUGGAUGACGGGAGUGCUCCCCGACGACCGCGAAGGCCUUCCAUGUAUUCGGAGGCUGACAUGGGCCGGGGGUAUAACUCAAGGUACGAUGAUCGGGCUCAAAAAUACUGGGGUGCCUCGCCUCCGUACGGAAACGAGAAGGGGACUAUGAGAAACAUAGACUUGAGAUGA